AGAGACAGGAGGACCCCUUGUUGCAGUUUCUGCAAGAUCGUGGAACUGGAGAAGAAAUCCUGAACAAACUCAAAAACGACAAGAUUGAUUCGUCAGUAAUUGCACUGAUGUCUGAAGAAGAUCUGGCAAAGUACAUCCCACAUUACGGAGACAGAUUGGCAGCUGUAGCCUUCUGCCGCAACAGUCAUUGUGGAGAUUCAGUAGCAUCUAGACGAGGUCAACUGGAAAGAAUAAGGGCAAAGUGUUGUGCUCCAGACAGCAAGACAGUUAAAAGACAGCUGAAUUGGGAUAAAUUAAAAGGAAACAAAAAUGCAAAGAGACAGGCAAAGAGAUUAGAAAUUGGGUGGAUGAAUUUCAGUGAAGACGACAAUGCUUUCAAACAGGUGCGAACUGUAAAAGGCGGUGGGACCCGGCAUGUCUGCGUGGACAGGCAGACAAAACUCGGAGAAAUCCAAGAAAUGGCUGAGUCCCUUUUUUUCCCAAAUGGUCUCUGCAAGUCUCUAAAACUGACAGACCAUGUCCGCAGGAUCCGUGACUUUGCACAAAACGAGAUUGACCCAGAUUGUACAGUUGAGGAUCUGUAUGAAAAAAACAAAGUUAAAUUACUCAGAUUGUACCUUUGCACCAAGAGAGAUGUUCAAGAGGCGAACAGCUUUACUGAUUCUUCACCAGGAACACCCUCAGACGUCAUAAGAAACCCUUCACAGGAUGUCAAACAAAGUCAAGUAUCAGAACCAGAAGUCAUAAUCGACUUAUCUUCAAUGUCGGACGCAGAUGUGAUAAACCUCUUAAUUCCACAUGCAGAGCUACUGACGUAUGAAGAAUCAUCAAAUGUGGAGUUCAUCAGUGACAACAAUGAGGAAGGAAGAAGACAAGACCAAGGAACUCUAGAAAUUACAACAGAAAUAUUUAGGAUUGAGGAAGAAGAAGACCAAGGUACAGGAGUAUCACAUGCUUUGCCUGAAGCCCAUGAUGCAGCAAUGCAGCGCAACACCUACACUGAUGAUGAAGUAACCGUUGGCCCGUCAUUUAGUCAUUCUGUUGAUCUGGAUGAUACUUUGCCUUGGGAGGGAUCAAAGCCAAAGGUCAUUAUUGUGGUGCGUAGGGGGAACUGCCUUGCUGACCUCCUAGCAGCCUUUAUUGACCCUGAUAUGAUGAACAGAGAUGUGCACAUUAAAAGGAAGCUUCCUAAUGGAGAGCUGGAAGAAGGUGAAGGCUCAGGUGUGCUACGUGACUGCCUAACAGAAUUCUGGGGGGAAUUCUAUAGUAAAUGCACAUUAGGUACCAAUGUUAAGACACCCUACCUUAGGCAUGAGUAUCAAGUUCAAGAAUGGCAAGCCAUCGCUAGGAUCCUUGUGACUGGCUGGACAAAGGUCAGAUAUUUCCCACUGCUUCUCUCACUUCCGUUCUUGGAAGAAUGUCUGUAUGAAACCAAUUAUAGCAGUGUGACAGAGAGCUUCUUGCAGUAUGUCUCGACACAAGAGAGGGAAAUUCUUGAGCUGGCUUUAAAAUCAUUUAACUCUGUUGAGAAAGAUGACCUACUGGAUGUGUUAGAUGCACAUGACUGCCACCUGCUUGCCACUGAAGGUAACAUUGCUGGACUAGUGUCACAGUUGGGUCACAAGAGCCUAAUCCAGACACCAAUGUUUGUAAUUGACUGUUGGAAGCCAAUCUUAAAAACCUUGGCAGAUACUUUGUAUCCACAGAGGCUUGUUGAAAUAGUGGAAGAACGAAUCCCAACUCCAAAGCGUGUAAAAGACCUUCUGGAAUAUCCAAAAGAGAUGACAGCCCCUCAAAACACUGUGGCAAGGCAUUUGCGGAAGUACAUCGGUGAAUCUGACAACACCACUCUGAAGGCUUUCCUCCGGUUCUGCACAGGGGCUGAUAUGCUGUUGGGACACAGCAUCACAGUUCAAUUUAUAGAGACUUCCACAUUCCAGUGUCGACCCCAGGCACAUACAUGUGGGUGCUAUCUGAUGUUACCAGUCAACUACCAAAACUACCCAGACCUCCGUAAUGACUUUGAUCUUAUUCUAAGAAGCUCAGUCUGGGUAAUGGACAUCAUCUAAGUCACGAGCCUAAGAGCACAUGCACACAAUGGCUAGGUCGGAUGUGCUAAUGUGCUUUUAAUUUAUUUUAUAUUCAUUUUAGUUAUAUCUUACCCAGUAUCUGAAAAAGCUGAGUGACUUUGUUAUCUGACAAUUGCUAUGGACCCACACAACAGACUUGUAACCUUAUUCUUUCCAGUUUUCCACAUUGCCAUUAUUAUGAGGGGUCACAAAUGGCUUGUUAAAGCAUUUUUGAAAUGUUAUCAGAAUUAUAGUUGAAACUACUAAAUUCACUUUAGUCAAAUCAGUCUUAACAAUUAUCUACCUAAUUCACUUAAGGUAAAUCAGACUGUCAGAUACAAUGUUUGAUAUGUUUUCUGUUCCACUUAAUAUGCAUACCAGUAUGAAAAUUGGUUAGUUAAGGUUUAUCUGCAUCAUCCUUGGUGAGAAAUGUUGGUAAGUAGGCAUUAGGUUAAGCUUGUUUCUGCUUUAUAAUGGGCCUACCACUAUUCAAAUACCAAUUCAUUUUGAUAA